AUGGCUGACAAGGAUCUCUUAUUGUCCGCCGAUUCCAUUGAGUCGGCUACCGUGAAGAAGAAUGCGGGCAGCAAGGCACAAAUCCCCAGGAUCCCUUGGUUCGUAAGCGGUGGCUUCAUCCUCGUUUGGGUAUCCCUUUUCCUGGGUAUUGUGGUGCCACUUUUCUAUCGCCUGCCCUCGGCCAACACUCUGGAUGAUGUGGGCAAAGGAGUCUUCAUUGCGGAACGGGCCCAGGCCAAUCUCUAUGAAUUUGACAAAAUCGGUGUUAAGUUGGUCGGCAGUGAUGCCAAUGAGAACCAGACGGCUCAGUUCAUCUUGCGGGAACUGAAGUUGAUCCAACAGAAUGUGCGCGAAGAAUACUUUGAGAUGGAAAUCGAUGUUCAAGUUGUUUCGGGAUCAUAUGUCAAGGGCGGUGCCCUCUACAUCUACCAGGCUGUCCAGAACAUAGCCGUGAAGAUCAAGUCUAAGCGCAGCACCAGCAAUGACUGUCUCCUGGUGAACACCCACUUUGACUCCAAGCCCACAAGUCCCUCAGCCGGCGAUGCUGGCCACAUGGUGGUUACCUGCCUGGAGGUGAUUCGAGUGAUAACGUCCAGUACCGAUUACCUAGAGCAUACCGUCAUCUUCCUCUUCAAUGGAGCCGAGGAGAACUCAUUGCAGGCCUCCCAUGGAUGGAUCACCCAACACCCUUGGGCACCAUCCUGCAAAGUCGUUAUCAAUUUGGAUGCUGCUGGCAGUGGAAGUAAGGAAAUUCUAUUCCAGACUGGACCCGGUGCCUCCUGGCUUGUGAAAUACUAUCAAAAACAUGCUAAACACCCGUUUGCCACCACCAUGGCUGAGGAAAUCUUCCAAACUGGUAUCGUGCCCUCUGACACGGAUUUCCGCAUUUUUGUGAGCUUUGGAGAUCUAGUUGGUCUGGAUCUGGGUCAGUGCGUUAAUGGCUAUGUCUACCACACAAAGUACGAUCGUUAUGACAUUAUUCCUCGGGAUUCUAUCCAAAACACUGGAGACAAUGUCUUGGGUCUAGUCCGAGCUCUGGCUAAUGCCCCCGAAUUGUCGGAGACAAGCCCCGAAAAAGCCGUGUUCUUUGAUGUCCUGGGACUGUUCCUGGUCAACUACUCGGCGGAGACUGGCACAACCUUGAACUAUGCUGUGGCUGCCGUUGCUAUUGCCCUUGUCUACAUAUCCCUUUUGCGCAUAGCAAGCACAGCUGAAGUCACCUCCGAUCAGAUCCUGAGUUGGUUCGUCCUGAUCCUUGUGGUUCAAGUGGUGGCCUUUGUCCUGGGCCUGGGUCUACCCAUAGCAGUGGCUUACAUGUUCGACAAGUAUGGACUCACCAUGACCUACUUUAGCACUCCAGUGCUAUCGCUUGGCCUGUACGUGUGCCCGAGUCUCUUGGGUCUGGCUCUGCCCAGCUAUGUGUACCUCAAGAGGCAGGAAAAUACCCAGCUCACCUACGCCCAGCAGCUGCAAAUGGUUCUCCAUGGACACGCUGUUGUCCUGUCAGUCCUCGGCAUUGCUCUAAAUUACUACGGCCUGCGUACCACCUACAUUAUCACAUGGACUCUAAUCUUCUACAUCAUCCCCUUGGCCCUGAACCUACUGACCACCCUGCAUGAUCGCGGCUACACCUGGACUGGCGUGUUAAAGGUCAUCCAGGUGGCUCCCUUCCUGUACAAUAGCUAUCUGUUCUACACAUUCAUUGUCAUACUCACCCCGAUGAUGGGUCGCUUUGGACAGAAUACCAACCCUGACUUAAUUAUCUCAGCUCUGGCCGCCUUGGGUACCAUUCUCUCCAUGGGAUUUUUGGUUCUGCUCAUCCAUAUGUCUCGUCGAUCUGGACUCAUUCUGCUGGGCUUCUUGGCUGUGAGUGCCGCCACCAUUUACGUUGCCAGCUCUACUCAGAUUGGUUACCCCUAUCGAGCCAAGACGAAUGUGGAGAGAGUUUACUACUUGCACGUGCGCCGCAUCUUCUACGAAUACGAUGGCACUGUGAGCAAGGACGAGUCUGGCUACCUGUUCAACCUGCAGGAUCGUCGAGGAAGUGCUCCACUGAUAGAGGCUGGCGUGGAUCUCACCGGCAUGGUCAGCAUAGCGCCCGACUGUGAGAAGUAUCUGUUCUGUGGAAUGCCUAUUCCCGAUUCUCGCUAUAUGAACGCACGACUGAACGGAACUUGGCUGCCGCGAGUGGAGCCCGUGGAGACAAUUCCGGGGAAACCAAUGGAAGUACUGAGCAGAAAGCUCCUGGAUGAUGGCAAGACCCUGCAGUUGGUGAUCAGGCUACACUUUACAACUCACUCCAGUCUAUUCAUUGAACCCUAUGCGGAUGUCACCAUUAGCAAGUGGUCACUACUGGCGAGUUACCUGUCCUCACCUCCGCCUUAUUUCGUCUUCUUCAGCCACGGCGUGGACGCAUCGCCUUUGGAUUUGACCAUUGAGCUUCAGAAAUCUAAUGGCAACUUCAAUGUUCCGGUCCUUACACUGGCCAUUGGCAGGAGUUCUAUGCAAAGUAAGGGCGAUGCCGUUGCUCAGGCGUUUGCCAAAACCUUCCCUGACUCGGCAGUGACAAUUGAGUGGCCAGCGGAUCACCAUCAAUACAUCUUGUAG